CUUUCUUUCUGUUGACCAGACCCCGUCCAUUCUUUUGAUCGAAAUCUGUUCUGUUGACCAGAACCUAUUCAAAAAAUCACCAUGCACUCCUACCAGCUUCUUGGCCUGGCCGCUGUCGGCUCCCUCGUCUCUGCCGCUCCCGCUCCUUCUCGCGUCUCUGAGUUCGCUAAGAAGGCCUCCACCUGCACUUUCACCUCUGCCUCUGAGGCCAGCGAGAGCAUCUCCAGCUGCUCCGAUGUUGUCCUGAGCAGCAUCGAGGUCCCCGCUGGUGAGACCCUCGACCUGUCCGACGCUGCUGAUGGCUCCACCAUCACCUUCGAGGGUACCACUUCUUUCGGCUACAAGGAAUGGAAGGGUCCCCUGAUCCGCUUCGGUGGUAAGGACCUGACUGUCACCAUGGCCGACGGCGCUGUCAUCGACGGUGACGGUUCCCGCUGGUGGGACAGCAAGGGCACCAACGGUGGCAAGACCAAGCCCAAGUUCAUGUACAUCCACGAUGUUGAGGACUCCACCUUCAAGGGUAUCAACGUGAAGAACACCCCCGUCCAGGCCAUCAGUGUCCAGGCCACCAACGUCCACCUGAACGACUUCACCAUCGACAACUCCGACGGUGAUGACAACGGUGGCCACAACACCGACGGUUUCGACAUCAGCGAGUCUACCGGUGUCUACAUCAGCGGUGCUACCGUCAAGAACCAGGACGACUGCAUUGCCAUCAACUCUGGAGAGAGCAUCUCUUUCACCGGCGGUACCUGCUCCGGUGGCCACGGUCUCUCCAUCGGCUCCGUCGGUGGCCGUGAUGACAACACCGUCAAGAACGUGACCAUCUCCGACUCCACCGUCAGCGACUCUGCCAACGGUGUCCGCAUCAAGACCAUCUACAAGGAGACCGGUGAUGUCAGCGAGAUCACCUACUCCAACAUCCAGCUCUCCGGCAUCACCAAGUACGGUAUCGUCAUCGAGCAGGACUAUGAGAACGGCUCCCCCACCGGCACCCCCUCCACUGGUAUCCCCAUCACCGAUGUCACCGUUGACGGUAUCACCGGUACCCUUGAGGACGAUGCCACCCAGGUCUACAUCCUCUGCGGUGACGGCUCUUGCUCCGACUGGACCUGGUCCGGUGUUGACCUUUCUGGUGGAAAGGCCAGCGAUGACUGCGAGAACGUUCCUUCCGGUGCUUCUUGCUAAAUUACUCGCUUUGGAGGUGAGGCAAGACGGCGUCCCUAG